GUGCCUAUACAAGGAAAGGUUCGGCGCGCGCCAGUCUGGGAGAAGUCGGACCGCAGGGCCCAGGUUUGGGGUCCCAGCUGCGACCCCAGCAGAAGAUGAACGGGACGCAUAGCUGGUGUACACUGGUGGAUGUGCACCCGGAGGGGCAAACCGCGGGCAGCGUGGACAUUCUCAGGCUGACUCUCCAGGGUGAACUGACAGGAGAUGAACUUGAACGCAUAGCCCAGAAGGCCGGCAGGAAGACCUAUGCCAUGGUGUCCAGCCGCUCAUCUGGUCAUUCUCUGGCCUCAGAACUGGUGGAGUCCAACGAUGGACAUGAAGAGAUCAUUAAGGUGUACUUGAAGGGGAAGUCAGGAGACAAGAUGAUCCAUGAGAAGAAUAUUAACCAGCUGAAGAGUGAGGUCCAGUAUAUCCAGGAGGCCAGGAGCUGCCUGCAGAAGCUCCGGGAGGAUAUAAGUAGGAAGCUCGACAGAAAUCCAGGAGAUUCUCUCCAUCAACAAGAGAUACAGGUGGUGCUAGAAAAGCCAAAUGGCUUUAGUCAAGGUCCCCUGACCCCACAUAGCAGCCCAUCCGAGGUGGACACCUAUCUAGAUGAAGAUGUCGAGAGCUUGAGGAGGACCGUGCAGGACUUGCUUGUCAAGCUGCAGGAGGCUAAGCGGCAGCACCAGUCAGACCGUGUGGAUUUUGAGGUCACACUCAAUCGGUACCAGAGAGAAGCAGAACAGAAUCAGGUGGCCCUUCAGAGAGCAGAGGACAGAGUGGAACAGAAGGAGGCGGAAGUCGGGGAGCUGCAGAGAUGCUUUCUGGGAAUGGAGAUGGAGCAUCAGGCCUUACUGGCGAAGGUCAGGGAAGGGGAGACAGCUCUGGAGGAACUUCGGAGCAGGAAGGUUGACUGCCAAGCAGAACAAGAAAAAGCUGCUAACCUGGAAAAGGAAGUGGCUGGGUUGCGGCAGAAGAUCCACCACUUGGAUGACAUGCUUAAGAGCCAGCAGCGGAAAGUCCGGCAGAUGAUAGAGCAGCUCCAGAAUUCAAAAGCUGUGAUACAAUCAAAGGACACUGCCAUCCAGGAGCUCAAGGAGAAGAUCGCCUACCUGGAAGCCGAGAAUUUAGAGAUGCACGACCGGAUGGAACACCUGAUAGAGAAACAGAUCACCCAUGGCAACUUCAGCACCCAGAACCGGACCAAGACUGAGAACCUGGGCAGCGUUAGGAUCACCAAGACCCCCAGCCCAAAGCCCAUGCCUCUCAUCCGAGUGAUGGAAACAUGAGCUGAAGGAGACCAGAUGCUGCUGUUGCUGGUGCCUCUGGCCUGAGGAGCAGCCCACCACCCCUGGAGGCUGCCGGCCCUGACUUUGACUUCCCGACUGCUCCCUUCAUGGUUCCGAACGCCAAUCCUCUACGCUGGGCGGACGGGGGAUGAGCUCCCCCUCUGGACACUGCAGCCUCUGGAGGCCGGCGAUAUCCUGCCUACAGGACCCAGGGCAGUAGCCUUAUUCCCAUAGUUAAUAUUUUUCUCUGUAGCAGAGCCUCCCUUCUGUUGUAGACUGGAGUUUGUAGCAGGGGCCGGUUAUUCUGCCCCAGAAGCCAGGCCCUCCGCAGGUCAGGAGAGGUGACAAGAUCUACCUCAGCCCUAGAGGCUGGAGGCACAGAUGUCAGCAGUGAUUGGAGAGUGGCCCCGGGGCAUGAAGUUCCUUCCUUAAACACAGCUCAGUUCUUAGCAACAAACUGUUUGUUUUUCUAAUUGCUCCACCCUCAGCCCAUGCUGACCUGGGACUCCUGCAGACAGACAAUGGGGCUACCUGUCAUGGCCUGUGAACCUCAACUUUGACUGGACGGCCUUGUCUUUUGGGGAAGGGGAAUGUCCUUCAGGGAGUAGCUCAUAGCAGAAAGGUUCUGUGAGGCCACGGACAGUUACGGGCGACUUCUGUCUGUUGUGAGGACUCCCAGAAUCUCUUAGGGUUUCCCCCUAAGUUACGGAGCAAGAUACACCUCAUUCUUCUCGACUCAGAGCCUAAAAACUGUUUUCACUGGGUUACAUCAGUCUCAGCGAAGAAACUCUCAUGGUAUUUAUUUGGCUAAGUUAUUGGUGUUUUUGCUUACAACUGAUUAAAUACCAAGAGUUCAGAGUUCUGCAGCCUUCUCUUGCGGUGUUUGGAUUUGCUCUGACAGAGGGAAAAGAGUGUUCCCAGUGGACUUGUCGAUUUCAGAAUGAUGUCAUAGUCUUUUUCUCUCUUUCCUGCUGCUUUUCCCUUCCUCCUCCAAACCUCAGGAAGGCAAGUAUUGAUAUAUUCGCCCUGAAGCAUCUGGGUCUGAGUGUCUGUUGUUUGGGGGAAGAGAGCAAUCAGGAGGGAUUGAAUUCUUCCCUUAACCCCUCUGCACCCCUCUGCUCCACAGUCAGUUUGUUACCCUGGCUCUGAGUGAACCUGCCACUCAUCGAGUUUCUUUAGGGCUCUUCCUGCAGCCUUAAGGAGGAGAUAAGCGUCAGAAUGUGGUACCGUAGGACACAGAAAAAUGAAAAAUAAAAAUUAAGUCUUUAAGUUCUACUUGGCUCAAAACCAGAAGCCUUAAGUCUGUGGUUUCUGUGCAUCAGGCCUGAGCUCCCAUGCUGGCUUUGUCCAUCGUGUUCUGGUGUUCUGGUGUUCUUCUCGCCAUUCCCAUUUGUGAAACGAGGGGGCUGGACCAGAUAAUCUCCAUGAGCCCUUCCAGUUCUGAUAUUCUUUCCUGUGGCAUGUUCUUUGUGGGGUGAAUUUAAUAAAUUAUGUUAAUGUGUCUCUUUGAGCUCCUGGCCUGGUUUCUUUUCACUUUUCAGGGAGGAUAAAAGAGCAUAAUUUUAGUGCCUCUUGCAGGUGGGCACCCUGCUGUCCACAUCUGGGAGGUAUGGAGACAUCCCCAACACGAUGAUGUGGGGACUUUGUGGCAUUCAGAGGAGUUAGCCUGUCUCUGUUAAACAGCUCAGCUCCAUAGUCUGAGUCUGCAUUGCAGGAGGUAGCCCCUAACUUGAGCUCUGACCCUGUCUGGGGUGGUGGCCUUGUGGGAUCCCUAAGGUUGGCCACUGCGUGUCUUCCUCAGUUGGAAAAGAUCUGCUGACAGACAGAGGUCCUGUGAUUACUUAGAGAUUUACCAAUCAGCACUGGAGGGAGACGACUAACUCCAUGUGAUUCGCAGAAAUGAAAAGUACUCUGGAAAUGCUGACUGCAGCUGUUUGAGGCUUUAGUUUUUGGCUAUCUCUAGGCAUCAUUCAGUUAAUCCACUGAUCAUCUUUUUCUUUCUGCCAAAAAAUGUAGUUGACUGCAGGGCCCAACGGGGACAUAGCUAAAUUUACACGAAUCUUCCCUGUACCAAAGAAACUAGAAAUGGAACCCCUGUCAUCCCCGGCUGCAUUUCCUCUCUAGUCCCCUUUCUCCUUCAAUCAAAAGAAUGUACAUUUUUCUCUUGUGACUUUUCUUCCCCUGUCUGCUUCUCAGCUAAUUCACAUCCAGGCUUCAGGAUGCACUGGAUACCUCCUUCCAUUCCGGACCUGGGUUUGUCUUCUGACAGCCUGGGUUCUCUUCCUUCUCUGGAAGUCUUGCUUGGCCUGGGUGUAUCUAGACUGUGCUUGUUCUCCGAAUAUUAAGAGGGUGGAAGCAGGGUGCGGUUACCUGAGGUGCCAAGGCGACUGACUUGCGUGGCUGGAAGGAGACAGGAGCGAGUGAGCCACCGCACAGGAGAGGGAGGCUCUGGGCUGGGUCUCAAGGACGUGGUUGGAUGAGCAGAGCUUCCAUCUGGAGAUAAUGAGGUGGUCUGGAAACGUUCUGGAGAUUAGAACUAGAGCUCUAAUGGCAGUUCCCUGGAGGUCCAGUGGUUAGGACUCUGCGCUUUCACUGCCUCAGGCCCGGGUUUGAUCCCUGGUCAGGGAACUAAGAGCCCACAAGCCACGUGGCACGGCCGAAAAAAAAAAGAACUAGAGCUCUAAGAGAUUCCUGGGACCAAAAAGUGCCCCUGGUGUAUAUUUCCCCGAGUUUAGUUGUACCACUGCUGAAAGGAACAGGGGCUAAGAAGGGUCUAUGGGAAGAAAAAGUAGCUGAGGGAAAGGUAGUUUAUAUCCUGGCAACUUUUCCAUUAGAGAUGGAGAAUAGCCCAGGGCCUGAGAAAGGGCGUGGUGAGAAGCUGCUCCUGACUUCAGCGGCCUGUUUAUUGCCUGAGUUAUGUCAUUUGUAAGCCAACUCCUCUGUGCUCCUUGAAUAUGUCGCAGAGGGAAGAUUGAGUCUGACUCCCUGGGACCUUUGCCAUGACGGCCUGUUUAUUUGAGCUGGGUGUUGAGAGCUGCCCGGACACGCAGCCAUCAUCAGCAGGCUGCUAUAAACCCGGAGCAUCACCCCAACAUGGGAAAAGCUUGCAGAAGCACUCCUUGCCUCUGUCCUCCCACCUCUUCAUUUGUCCCCUCCCUGAGUAGAAAAAAUCCUGACAGGGACAUGGUAUUUCAACCAAAUGGUACAUUGGACCUCUUUUUUUUUUCAGUUUUUAAUUUUAUUUUAUUUUUUACUUUAUUGAAAAAAUAUCUUUAUUGGAGUAUAAUUGCUUUACAAUGGUGUGUUAGUUUCUGCUGUACAACAAAGCGAAUCAGCUAUAGGUAUACAUAUAUCUCCCUAUCCCCUCCCUCUUGUGUCUCCCUCCCACCCUCCCUAUCCCACCCUCUAGGUUUUCACAAAGCAUCGAACUGAUCUCCCUGUGCUAUGCAGCAGCUUCCCGCUAGCCAUCCAUUUUACAUUUGGUAGUGUAUAUAUGUCAGUGCUACUCUCUCACUUCCUCUUUUUUAAAACUAAGUAUCUAAAGCCAAAAAUUGAUUGGCUUAUUUUCAACUCUAUUUAAAAAAAAUUUGUAUUAUGAAAUGUUCCAAGAUGUACUCUGUAAAGAUGAUUUGACAUGACAUGGCUUAAAGCAACUUAAUUUGACUGAGGAGGGUAAUAUCCCUUGGGGUAGAAAAGCAAAUUUCUGUCUUUAAUCAGCUCUUCAAUGUGUGUUGCUGUUUUUUGUUGGGCCUCUGCUAAUCCCGUGGGCUCCCUCAUUCCUCAUUGCCAAGCGUUGCGGAGCUUGGGCCUGAGUUUUGUUCAGGCUCUGACCCAACAGCAGAUGUUAGCCUAGGGCCCUUGGCCUCUUUUCCAUGCUUUGAUUUAGGACUCUCACUUCCGCAAGGAGAAAGUGUUUCCUAUCUUCCCUGUCCCAGUUCUAAGCCCCAUGACCUUGAAACUCAAAGUUGGAGACCUAAAUAUUCUCUAGCCCCUCUUUCUCCAAGGAAAAUCCUUAUCUAGCCUGAGGCUAAAGGAGAUGUGUUUUUAAAAGGUGAGGAAUUUCUAACUCUGUGUGCUCUGUGGGUGGGCAGUGAGACCUACUUUGAACUCUAAAAUGUGUGUGGCCUUUCUUCUGGAAUCUCUCUUCCUCUGGAGCCCUCUGGGACAUGGGAUUGAGGGUAGAUGGUGGCAGCUUAAUUAAUUUCCUGACCAGGUAUUGGUCGCCAAGUCUUAGACCACAGGAUCUCACAAGCUGAGGGGAAGGAAGUCAUUUGUCCUCUUGACUUAAUCUGUCAAUUCAGGGGGGUAUUCUAGGCCAAACUCGCAUAUGUCUGCAGGAGUUUGAGGACACUUAUAUCUGUUUUAUAUCUAUUUCUAUGUGUGUGUGUUUGAACUGGCCUGCUAUGUAAAACAUAUGAUUGUGGGGGAAAAUUGGAAAAACACUGAUGUUUAGGAAAAACUCAGUUUUUCACCUGUAUGUCUCCUUUACUGCAUACACAGAACACUUCACUUCUGGUCACCAAGUAUGUGGGGGGUUUUCCCCCUAUAACAGGCAAUUCUCUGCAACACCAGCUGGGUGUCCUACAAUUUAACUCAAUUCUGACACCAUCUACCUGGAGAUAAGGUUAAGGGCUCAGUCUCAAGAGACUGUCCCUCCCCAACCUCAGAUGCCAACUGCAAGUAGCAGGUCCCUAGCUGGACUUUUGUCUGACUUGCCUGCAAACCAGAGGUUCCCACAACCCCCUCCUUGGGUUCGAUUAAUUUGCUAGAGAGGCUCACAGAACUCAGGGAAACACCUACUUACCUUUACCAGCUUAUUAAAGGAUAUAAUAAAGGAUGCAGAUGAACAGCCAGAUGAAGAGAUCCAUAGGGCAAGGCCUGGGAGGGUCCCGAGUGCAGGAGGUUCAGUCUCGGUGAAGUUGGAGUGCAUCACCUUCCCAGUAUAAGGAUGUGCUCACCCACCUGGAAGCUCUCGGAACCCCAUACUGUUGGUAUUUUAUGGAGUCUUCCUCAUGCAGGCAUGAUUAAUCGUGAACUUCAUUUCUAGUCCCUCUCCCCUCUCUGGGUAAGUGGGGGACAGGGCUGAGAAUUCCAAGCUUCUAAUGGUUUGGUCUUUCUGGUGACCAACCCCCAUCCAGGAGCCCGGCCGGAGUCCCCUCAUUAGAAUGAAAGAUGAUCCUAGUGCAUUUAUCACUUAGGAAUUGACAAGGGUGUUAGGAACCCUGUGCCAGGAACCCAGGGCACAGACCAAUACAUAUGUUUUCUAUUAUCUCACAACUAGGCUGUAGAUCUGUCUCCUUGGAUAUAUUGUAAUCUCAGGGUCAGGAGGACCAAAAUUGACUUCCUUUGAAACUACCUUCCCUUUUCAAUUCUCAUACUUCCUCUUAGUAGAGAGAAUCACUUUCUUCAGUGAUUUAGAGCCAUCUUUGACUCUUUGCAUUUCUUUAUUCCUUAUAUCUAGUUUGUCAAUAUGUCCUGAUGUUUCCUCUUUUGAGAUAUCUCCCAGACUUGCCCCUUCCCAUGUUCACAGCCUCAUCUUAGCCCAUCUCUUUAAGCCUGGAUUACCACAGAAGCCAGUCCUCACUGGUACCCCACCUCUAGCCUAACCUGCCCCAAAUCCACCCACCUCACCACUGUCAUUUGAAUUACUCCCAGAUACAUUUUCAUCCUAUCAGCGGGGUUAUUUAGCCAGGACAAAAGAAGGCUGAUGGAAACAUGAUAGCAGUCUCCAAGAGAUGAAAAUCUGUCCUGUAGAAGGAGGUGCAGUUUCACUCCACCUAGCUCCAGAGGGGAGAACUCAGGCUUGUGGGUGGUACCUGCAGGGAGAUGUCUAAGAAACAAAAGGACAGUUAGAGUGUCAGUUGGACUGUCUUGACGAGUUAGCAAGUUUCCCUACAUAUGCCAGUAAUAUCCCAGUUAGAAAACAAUCUAAAAUAACAAAUACAAAAUACCUAGAAAUAAACUUUAUUUGAAAUGUCAGUAAUCUAUGUGAAGAAAAUGACCACAUUUUGUUGAAAAAUAUGGGAAACUUAAUGAAGAAAAACUUUCCUGGAUGGCAAAGUUUAAAAUCGUAAAGAUGUCAAUUCUUCCUUAAUUUAUUUUUAGGCUUCGUGUACUUACAGUGAAAAUUCCAAGAGUCCUUUUAGAAUUAGAUAUAAUUAUUUUAAAAAUUCAUCUGGAAAAAUAAACAAGGGAGAUGGCAAAGAAAAUUUUGAAGACAGACCUUAAUUGGAGGAUUAUUAGCCUUGGCGAAUAGUGAAAUAUUACAUAGCUAGGCAGAAAUAGACUCAAUUUUAUAUAAGCAUUAAAAAAAGGAUAAAAGAAGCAUUGCAACUCAAUGCGGGAAAAGGCGUUUGAACAGUUGGUUAAGAAUUUAGAAGAUGAAAGAAAAAAGAAUUCUAACCUUAAACCUUAACCUGUUUAAGGUUACCUGAAUAAAUUCUAGGUAAAUGAAAGAAAUUAAAUACUACAAUUUAACUGUAGAAAAACUAGAAGAAAAUACAAAUGAAUAUCAACUCUGAGAGGAGAUCCAUUUAGAAUUUUAGUAUUAAAGGUCAUGAAGGUAUAUGUCAGUUAUAUCCCAAUAAAAAAUAAAAAUAAAGGUCAUGAAGGAAAAUAUUUUAGUUCAUAAAAAUGUAAACUUUCUAAAUUGAAGAACUAAAGAAGGCCAAAAAAUGGGGAAUUAUUAGUGGCAAAUAUGAUGAAGAGGCAACAUUUUUGUUGAUAAGCUCAUAUUGAUAAAAGUACUAAGAUCCUUCUAGAUCACUGGUCAGGAUAAGAAUGGAUAGUUCAGGGCUUCCCUGGUGGCGCAGUGGUUGGGAGUGCGCCUGCCGAUGCAGGGGACGCGGGUUCGUGCCCCGGUCCGGGAGGAUCCUGCAUGCCACGGAGUGGCUGGGCCCGUGGGCCAUGGCCACUGGGCCUGCACAUCUGGAGCCUGUGCUCCGCAACGGGAGAGGCCACAACAGUGAGAGGCCUGCGUACUGCAAAAAAAAAAAAAAAAGAAUGUAUAGUUCAUACAAGAGUUCAUAUUCUUUUUUCUGCACAUGUUUAUUAGGCUCCUACUCUGUGCCUUGGACUGAGGAUUCAGGUGGGUUUACGACAGUGAGCAAGACAAGCUCAGUCCUGCCAUUGGAGCCCUUAUGUUAGGUGGGAUAAUGUGGGUUGCAAAUCAGAGAAAAUGCAGCUCCAAUUGGCUUAAGCAAUAAUGGAUCAGUCUGACUGGCUCAGGUGACUAAAAAGUCCAGAGAUGCUUUAGGCUCACGUGAGCCUUCAUAGAAUAAUUUGAGGUUUCACCAAAGACCCAGUUUUGUUCCAUUUCUUCUCUGCACAAGAGAUCUGUGCUUCUUAUAAUAGCGUAAAAUGGGAAACAUGUGUCCAACAAAAGAGAAAUGGAUAGGUACAUGCAGAUGCAUUCACUACAAAUGGCCUUUAUGAAGACUAUGUCACAUCAGGGAACUGUGCUUAGAAUGUUAAGUGAAACAAAGUAGGACACAAAAUUUUAUGGACACUUAUUACAGCUUAGCAAAAGAAAAAAAAUAUUUCUAAAAAAAAGGCUAGAAAUAAAUACACCUAACUGCUAACCAUGUUAGUGUUAAGGCAGGAUUUAUUUUUCUGUUGGUUUUUGUUACCUUUAUCCUUCAAUUUCCAAAUUUUCUACAGUGUUCACUCUUCCCUCUCCAGCAGGGUUGUGUUCCCACACUGCCUUCUGUUCAUGCCAGGAUCAUUCCUUUCUUUGUACCUUUGCUAGUGUUAUUUCCUUCGCCUGGAAUGCCUUCCUCUUUUGCCCUAUUAAUCCAUCAAAUAUUUAUUGAUAAUUGAUACAGGCGUAUAGUGCAGCUUGUGGAAUGUAAUGUACAUGAAAACACUUUGUAAACUGCUUUACAGAUGUUAGUUGUUAUUGUUAGGAGAAAAAAAAAAGAUGAGGAGGAUAAGGAAGAGAAAAAACUAUUAUUUGUACAAAAAUGUGCCAGGUGCUAGGGGAGGCCAGGAUGGAAAAAUAUAGAACAGGGUUGCAGUCCUCCAGAAGUUUAGAAUCUUGUCAGGUGAGUAGAGGAAAAAAAAUACCACCAUGUAGAAUAGAAAUCGAUAGAAAUGAAAUGAAUAGAAAUAGAUAAUGGAACAUGUGAAAUGCGAAUGUGAGAGAGGCAGACAGUGAUAUAAAAGGAAACAGAGAAGGGUGGGGAGGAUGUGGAGCUAGAACCAGGCCCUGAGGGAUUUGGGCAGGUAGGUUCAAAGAGAAAGGACAUAAAGAAAGCUUGCGUUGGGAUAAAAUGUGGCAUGGGGUGGGGUGGGGGGAUGAGCCCAGCUGAAGAUCCUGCUGGAAAGUGGUAGGAGGUUAGGGGGAGGGGGAGAUAAGUAGGGUGGGCCUUGCCACAGGUCUCUGCUGGAGUUUUUAAAAACUAGUAUGGAAGUCCCAGGUGGAUGGUGGGCAGAGUUCUUCCUUGCCUGUCUUGUUCGAUACUGAAUAUCUUAGUACAUAGAAAAGUGGUGCCUGGAACACAGUAGAUGCUCAAUAAAUAUUAGUUGAAGGGAAGUUGGAAUGAAUGAAUCAUAGGAGUGACAUCAUAAAAUAGGAAGGCUAAUCCGAAAGAGGUGGAUGACAUGGACUGAAAAGGUAAAGGCUGACAGCAAAGAGACAAGUUAAUAGAUUGUUAGGGUACUUCCAGGCAGGAAAUAAUGAGGGACUGAAUUGGGAUUAUGGCUGCUGGACUUGAAAGUACAGGACUGGUGUGAGAGUCAUUUGGAAAGAACCAAUAGGCCUUGGUGACUAACCAACCAGAUCUACAGAGAUGGAGAGAAAACAAUCAGAGCUAACAUCAAAGAAAGUUAAUCAUGCUUCAAGACUUGGCCUGAGUUCCUCUUCCAGGAAGUCUUCCCAGAAUUUUCAAGCCUGUGCUGUGUGUUCCCUUUCUGAAAUCAAUUCACAUAAAUAAUCUGUAUCGCCCUGUAUUAGGAUGUAAUAGUUAUGACAUUAUAAUUCAGACUUUGCAUAUGUUUGUUUCCCCAACUAGAUUGCAAGCUUUGAAAGGUCAGGGAAAUAUCUAAUCCCCACAGUGCCUGGCCCUGGUACUGCCACAAAGUCCUCACUGAUUUAGAAGAAACCUGUAUUCUCCUCUGUGCUGAAGAGGGCACUUACCUCUGUUUCUUGUUUUGAAUUGUUUUCAUCUUCUCUCUUAAUUGGUCCCACGUACUAUGGAAGAGACCAAUUUGGAGUAUUAGUAUCCUCCCCAUGUAAGAGCCGAAUGCCAACUAUUAGCAUUGUUUUCAGCAAUAAAGAAUUUUAUUUAUUCCUUCA